AUGUUCUCUUUCUCGCUCACACUCUCUACUUCCCUUUUCUUAUUUCUCUUUUCUAAUUUCUUCCUUUUGUUUUUCUUUCCCUUGUUCACUCUCUUUCUUACUUCUUAUUUUUCUCUCUCUUUCUCCCAACAUGUUCUCUCUCCCACAUCGCUACUUCACUUUUCUUACUUCCCUCUACUAAUUCUUUCCCUUUUUUCUCUGUUUUUCUUACUAGUUUAUUCACUGUCUUUUUCUCUCUUUCCAAUUCACCCCUCUCUCUCUCUCUUUUUCUCUCUCUCUCUCUCUGUCUUUGUAUUUCUCUCUCAAACAGUGUCUAAUAAUUUUUCGUUUUUUUUUUUUGUUAUCAACAUUUCUUUUAGGUCUUUGCUACAAGAGACCGCCUGUAUUCUCCUUUUUUUCUCCUUUUUUUGGCAUUUUCUUUCUUUUCUUUUUUUCUUUUUAUCUUUUUUUUCAUUUUAUUUUUUGCUUUCGAUUUUACUUGAACGUCUUCAUGAUUGUUUUAAUUUUCUUUUACUUUCCUUCUUUUCCCUUCUUUUUUUCUUUUUCUCUUCGUUUCUUUCAUUUUUCUCUUCUGUCGUCUUUUUGAUAUGUUCUUUCUUUUUUCUUCUUUUUGAACUGUUCACAUUUCUAUAUUUCUUUUUCUCUUUUUCAGCACUUCUUUGUCUUGUUUUCUUUGUCUUCUUUAGCCUUUCUUUCUUUUAA